UUUCUUUCUCGCAUCUCAUUUCUCACUUUCCAUCCCAUCUUGUCUUGUGCAUUCGGUCGUGGCAACUGUAUCGAUAUCAGCAACUCCAGCAGCAACAUCAAAGCCAACAUUAACAGCACCAAUCGGAUCAUCCGUCUUCACAACAUACCCGCCACCACCUCCACACCACCCAGCAUGUCCGACGCCUCGUCGGUGACGGCGCACCCCGCCGCGCACGACGGCAAGCCCCUCAGCGCCCACACUCUCACUCGCCGCCCCUGGCGACCACACGUCACGCCCUUCGAAACCAUCCUCAACUACCCGUACAAGGGCAGCGGAACAGACGAAGACCCGUACAUCAUCGACUGGCUGCCCGAGGACGCUGAGGACCCGCAGAGCUGGUCGCAGUUGUGGAAAUGGAGCCAGAUCGUCGUGGCGUCCUUUGCUACGCUCGCCGUAGCCCUCUCCUCGUCCGCGUACACCGGCGGUAUCCCCUCCCUCAUGGAGGACUUCAACAAGCCCAACUCGCUGUUCUGGACUGGCGGCGUGUCGCUCUUCGUCCUCGGCUUCGCCUUCGGCCCGCUCCUCUGGGCGCCCGCCUCAGAAGUGUUCGGCCGCCGCCGCGUCUACCUCUUCUCCUACUUUUUCUUGACUCUCUGGCAGGCCGUGACCUGCGCCGCGCCCAACCCCGGCUCGGUCCUCGUGUUCCGUGGCCUUGCCGGCCUCUUCGGCUCCUCCCCCCUCGCCAACGCGGGCGGCACCAUCGCCGACGUUCUCGACCCUGCGCAGAUGGGCCUGGGCAUGGCGCUGUUUUCCGUCGCGCCCUUCCUCGGUCCCGCCAUCGGCCCCAUUACUGGUGGUUUCCUCGGUGAAGCGGCUGGAUGGCGCUGGGUCAUCGGCAUGCUCGCGAUAUUCUGCGGCUUCGUCUUCGUCCUUCUCUUCCUGUUCAGCGCCGAGACGUACGCACCCCUCCUGCUGCGCCAGCGCGCAGACAAGCUAUCUAAAGUCACCGGCAAGGUUUACCGGUACCGCGCGGACGCUGCCAAGCCUUUCAACAUCGUCAACCUGUUCAAGGCGUCACUUGUCCGCCCUUGGAAAUUCCUUAUCUUGGAGCCUAUCGUGCUCGUUCUCUCCAUCUAUGUCGCAAUCGUCUACGGCAUCCUCUACCUCAACUUCGCGGCGUACCCCAUCGUCUUCAGCCAGGGCCGCGGCUGGUCGAUCGGUAUCUCGGGUCUCGCCUUCCUGGGCAUUAUGAUCGGUGCCAUUCUCUCGGUCAUCGUCACCAUUGUCUGGACGAACCCGCGGUACAUUAAGACGAUCAAGAAGCGUGGCUACCCUGUGCCCGAGGACCGCCUCGUCCCCGCCAUGUCCGGUGGCGUGAUCAUCAUCAUCGGCCUGGCGGGCUUCGCGGCCACCGACGGCCCAAACACGCACUGGAUCGCGCCGAUCAUCUUCGGCGUCCCCUUCGGCAUGGGCAUGGUCAUGCUCUUCCUCGCGUGCAUGGGCUACCUCGUGGACGUGUAUGUGAUCUACGCGGCGUCCGUCCUCGCGGCGAACUCGGUGCUCCGCUCCCUCUUCGGCGCCGCCUUCCCCCUCUUCACAAAGCCGAUGUACGAAAAGCUCGGCGUGCACUGGGCCGCGGCGCUGCCCGGCUUCCUCGCGCUCGCGUGCGCGCCCUUCCCCUUCCUCUUCUACAAGUACGGCGGCGCGAUCCGCGAAAAGUGCAAGUACGCGAGCGAGGCCGCGCGGAUCUACCAGCAGAUCAUUGCGGCGCGCAAGGCCGCGGCGGCGCAGGCGCCGGGCGCCGACGCGGAGAAGAACGUCCGGGGCGUCGACGACGACGACGACGUGCAGUCCGAAGCGGGAUUCGACUCGCCGGAACUCUUCGACCUCCAGCGCUCCAUCUCGAUGGAGGAGGAGCUCAGCGAUCCCCGCACGCGCCCCGUACGCUCCAUGUCCUUUACGCGCUCCGUGUCGCGCUCCCGCUCCCGUUCUACGACCGGGCAGUAAUCUAGACAAGCAACAUUAUAGACAGCACUAGCAUAUCCUAAUAUCAUGCAUUAAUUGGGUUUA